GUUGUUGUUGAAAAAUCGAUUGUAUACAACAUAAAUAAAUGUUUCAAAUGAUGAUGAUGUCGAUGAAAUGUUGUCAAAUAUUGGCUUUUUCUUUUCUUUUUCACUAUUGCCGGUUAUCACUAUUAUUGAUUUGUCCAUGUUAAUGUUGUAACAUUCGAUUUCGUGUCAUCGAAAUUCAAUUUAUUCUUUUCUGUUGUUGUUGUUGCCUGCUGCUUUUUUUUCUUUCAACGAAUCAAAUGGCAAAUGAUGUGUGAUUAUAUUAAGUAACAGAAGCCAAUUUUCUGUUCAAAAUUUGAUUAAUUGAUAAAUGAUGAUCGAUUAACCAAGUGUACGUACGUUUACUUGGUUAAUUAAUUCGGAUAUAUUGAAAUUAUUUUUUUUUUUCGUUCACUGGAAAAUCUUCAUUCAUCCGUUAAUGUUUGUGUUUGUUGGUGGUGAUGAAAAAAAAAAAAUGUUGACCCCAUAUACAACAACAUCGACAACAUCAUCAUCGAAAUCCAAUUCAUCAAAUGCAUUAAUCACAUCAAAUGGUCAUUUAAUUGAAAGUACUAAUAUUAAGAUGCCAAUUAUAACUUCACCAACGGCAUUAAAGAAUCGUAAAAAUUAUUCGAUAACAUCACCAUUAAAAAUCAAUCGAUCAGAUCAAUUGAUAACAGCAGCUCAAAAUGUUAUAAUUAAUCAACAACAACAACAACAACAAAAUAGUUCCAUACGUCAAGUUUGUUUUGAUAUUGAUCCAAAUAUUGUAAUAACAUCAUGUCGAUCACCAUCACCAAAUACGUUGUCAUCAUCGACAACAAAUUCGUUGCAAUUGAAUGGUUAUAUGGAACAAUUAUUAUUGGAUCAUGAUCAAGAUCAGGAUCAUGAUGAUAAUACAACCAGUGCUUCCUCAUUAAGUUCAACAAAAAUACCGAUUACAAAUAAUAAACAACAACAAAAACAGCCAAAAGAAAUGGCUAAAAAAAAUUUAAAUGUUGAUUUGAAUACAGAUUGUAAUAUGAAGGUGAAAAAUUCACCAAAACAUCUUUUAUAUGAAGUUUUAUUAUCACCAAUCAAAAGAAAGAGUCGAAAUAAGAACAAUGCUGCUACGACAAAACCACCAUCAUCAUCGACGACAGCGAAUAUUGAUAAUAUAUCCGGAAAAAAUGUCUCGGAAUCAACAUUUCAACAAAUGGAAUCGAAUCGACAGAAUAAAAUGGUGAAUAUCAACACUAAUCAUCAACAUCAUAGGCCACCGACAUCACAAUCGAAUCGUUCACAAAGCACUACACCAUUGGAUAGAAAUUUUUAUCAUUUUCAAAUGAAUCCAACUAGUCUGUUUGAUGAAGAUCCGGGUAUUAUGUCCGAAAUUGAAACAUCGGCUACAGGUUUUCGUCGUGCUAAUAAUAAAAUUCGUUCAUCAUUACCUAUUGUAAGGACACCAUCAAAAUCGCAGGAUCGAUCAAUGGGUUUAGUUUUUCUACAAUUUCGUAAUGAAACAAAACGUGCACUAUUACCGAAUGAAAUUACAUCGAUCGAUACGGUUAAAGCAUUAUUUGUACGAUCAUUUCCACGUCAAUUAUCAAUGGAAUAUUUGGAUCAUCCAUCUGUUCGUAUCUAUAUACAUGAUCCAAAUAAAAAUAUGUUUUAUGAAUUAGAAGAUUUAAGGGAUGUAAAAGAUCGAUGUAUACUUCGGAUUUAUGAACAAGGCGUUAACGGACCACAACCAGGUGGUGGUAUUAUUCAUCAAUCAUUAAUGGCUCAAUCUGGUCCCAGUUUUACUAAUGCUGCUGCUGCUGCUGCUGCUGGUGGUGGUGGUGGUGGUCAUGAUGGUGAAAGUUAUGGAUAUUUUUCUGAACCAGAAUUUGAUUCUGAAUAUCAAUCACAACAUAUACAUAGAAAACGAUUUCCAUCACCAAUUGUUGGACAAUCAUUGAUGAUUGGUCAUACAAAUAUACCACAAUCACAAUAUUAUGGUACAAUCAUGUUACCGCCACAAUAUCGUUCAGCAACACUUGGUCCACGUUCAAGUUUUUUCAUUAAUCAAAACCUAGCGGGUCAACCACCACCACAACCACCGACAAGAAAUAAACCAUUUACAAAUUUUUCACAAACAUUGCCCAGAGGGACUCAUUUGAUGAAUCCGAAUCCUGUUUCAGCUGCUAUGAAUCCAUUCGGAAUGAAUCCUUCAGCUCAACCUCCACCAAAACCACAACGUAAUUUUCCAAAUAAUUCGGUGCCUCAGCCUGCUGAUAUUAUUAUGAUUCAAGGAUUACAAGCUAGAUCGGCAGGUCAACCGAUUGUAUCGCCAUCACCAAAUACAAAUGAAUCACAAUCGAUUGUUGGUCCAUAUAAUCGACCAUUACCAGAUAGGCCAUAUUCUGUUGCCGGUCAUUAUCCAAAUAUGGAUCGAACUGGUGCUCGAUUUCAAUUUGCACCGCCAGCAAAUACAGGUGAAUUUUCCGGUUAUCUAUCAUCGCCUGAACAUCGACCAAUACCAACGAAUGCUACAUUAAUGUCAAUACAAACCGGUCAAUUAAGAGCAUCAUUUGCUGGUCCUUAUCCGUCCACACGAUUAUUUGAUCCUAAUUUAGCUGGUGGUGGUGGUGGUGGUGUAUCAGCGGCAGCUACUGUUUCGGCAGCCAUUGUUCCAAAUAAUCCAAAUACCUAUGUGGCUAGACAUCCAACAGUUGCUACGAAUGUUAUUGAUGAUGAAGCACGUGUUCGAAUGCAGGAGAUGGAAAGAAAAAUCGCCAGUCUUACAAAUGUUGUUAGCAAAGCUCUGACAACUGGAGGACCUAAACCUCCACCGCCACCAAAACCAACAUCAUUGGCUGGUCAUCGUAAUGAUCAAAAUAAUAAUAACAACAAUAAUAUGUCAGCAGAUAAUCUUUCGCAACUUAGACAAAUACGUCGAAAAGCUCGUGAUCUACGUAGUGAAAUACGACAAUUAAAACGAUUUACCGUACAACAAGUGAAUAGUGCCCGUGAAACGAUGAAAGAAAAUUGUUCCAAAAUACAAUCAACAUUAUCAUUAUUGACAAAACCAACGGAUGCACCAAUACGAUUGGAACGUAUUAAAACCAGUAUCAAUUGUGAUGCAUAUAAUGAAGAUGCAUUACGGCUAGAUCGUGAUCUAUUGAAAUUAGAAGCACAAGUGGAAGCAUUACGUUCAAAUGUUAUUAAUCGUCGAUGUCGUGUGAAUAUGUCCAAUGUUGAAUCGAUGGCAUUGAUACUUUCAAGAGCUUCAAAAACUGUAGCUGAUCUUAAAUCUCGUUAUCCAUUACUUGCACAGAAUCUUAAAACAAUCAUGUCAAGAGAAUUACAUGAAAUUGAAAAAGAAGAAAAAUUUUUAAAAGAAGAACCAGAAAGAUUAGAACAUUCAUUGAAACGAUGUAAAAAAUUAACCGGAACAUUGGUCACACUUAAACGUUUGGCAUCCGUACAGGAACAACGUUCAUCCAAUGUCAACGCAUCAUCAUCAUCAUCACCAUCACAAUUAUUACAAUCAUCAAGUUUUGAUAAAAAAGAUGGUGGUGGUGGUGGUUCUGGUGAUGAGAAUUCAUCAUCUACUACACCGGCAACAUCAUCUGGUCAAACGGCAAUAAUGAUGUUAACCGGAGGCAGUACUGUUGGACGUGAUCCACUUUCAACAACAAGGGCGAAAAAAAUGCAAGCCUGGCGUCGAAGUGCUCAUUUUCAUCAACCAAUCUGUAGCCAUAAUUAUAAGAUUGAUUUAUAUCGAGGAUUCGCAUCGAUGCCCACGAUUGAAGAACCUAAAUCUGAGAAUGUAGAUGAUCAUGAUCAGGAUGCUGAUGAUGAAUGCGAACAUUUUGUUGAUGAUAAAAAACAAAUAUUCAACAACAGCAACAACAACAACAACAACAAAGAUUCGAAUUCUGUUAACUACUCUUUAAUAAAAAAACAUAAGAGUUUUGAUGCCGAUCUAAUGGAACCACAUACAAUUAUACAGGUUACACCGGCAACACCAUCAUCAACGGAUGAUUCAUCAACAAAAACGACAACAUCAAACAUGUUGGACAAUCUGUUGGAUGAAUUACAAACAUUUACAAACAAACAAUCAAGUAUUGAUAAUAAAGAUUUCUCACCAUUGUCAUCAUCAUCAACAACAACAACAAAUCGUUGUUCACCAUUUCAACGUACAUCAUCAACAUCCGGUUCAUUUCGUGGUAUAAAAUCGAUUAAUGAUACGGCUGGUACUACUGAUUCGGAUACGAUCGUUCGUAAAGCUUCACGUUCAAAAUCAUAUUCAUCGAUUCGUGCCACAUCUGAACCACCUGGUGUUCGUUCAAGAGGAUCUUCAAUACCCGAUGGCCGAAUUGAUUUUGAUAAUAUUGCAUUAUUGGCAUCAACUUGUGGUAAUGCAGCUGCCGCAACGGCUGCAUUAUUGGAGAAACGUUUUGCACAAUCACGACAAGAGCUUCUUGAACAAAGACAUCAGGAAUUAUUACAUAAACAACGACAAUUACAGGAACAAUAUACAAGACUACAACAAUUGAGUACAAAAAGACCAAUAUCACGUGGUAACGGUAGUGGUGGUUCAUUUCUUAGUGAUCUUAAAAAAACUGGAUCCGAAAGUAAUAUUGUAUCGAAAAUGGCGGCGACGGCAUCGGCUAAUUCAAACGAUAUGACAAUGAUAAAGAUGACAACACAAAACAACAACAUCGCAAACAGCAACAAUAAUAAUUCAGCACAAACAAUUGGAAAUAAAAUGAAUUCUGUUAUCAUAAAUCCAACUGGAUCAUUACAUAAUUUGGCCACAAAUGAUGGACGAAUAAAAUUGAACGAAAAUGGAAUUAUUCUACCAACGGAAACCGUAAUCACCAAUAAUAAUAAUAAUAACAACAACACGGCUACAACAGUUCGUAAAACAUUCGAAACGGAAAUUUUAUGAAUUGAUGCGGAAGAUGGUGGAAUUAAGCAAUAAUAAAUUGAUUGAUUCAUCAUUUAUGAAUGGCCAAAAUUUUUUUGUUCGGAUGAAAAAUAAAAAAUGGCGACUAAAACCAACCGAUUAUUGAAUGCUCAAAAUUUCUAUCUUGUUUUUUUAUAUAUUGAUGAAUUUCUUUUUUUCUUUUUGCAAUUGAUUGACAAACAAAACAAACCAAACAACAAUUUGAUUUUGUAGUGACGAUUUUCAUUUUUGUUUUUUUCUGCUCUUCUGAUGAAUAAUGUGACAUUAUUAAUAAUUCAUUGUAAUGAGAGAUCACAAUCACAUUGACAUGGAAUAAUAAAAAAAAAUUUCUCUG